AUUAUUCGGUUUGAUCGCAAGAUCGACGGUCGUCAAUAAUUACAACCUACAUUGUUUGAUUCCUAAAAAAUGAUGUCCGGGACGAGUGUACUAGUCUUUAUCCUCUCACUGAUGUCGUUUAUCAAUAAUUCGUACCUUAUUGCCACAGUUGAACUGCCAAGUAUUCACGAUAAAACAUUUACAGAUUAUUUCAACAACAUAAAAACUGCGACUGAAACAGCAAUGGAUAAACAGUUGACCGACGAAGAGUUCAAAAUGAUAUUACAUGGUAGAUUGUUGAGCGAAGACCAGUUCGAUAAAACAUUAAAAAAUUAUAAUCAAUACACGGAUACAAUUAAUACAAAUAAUUCAUACAAAGAAAUUGAUAAAGAAUUAACUAAUUUUACCGAUGAAACCCGUAUUUUAAAGAGACUUGCUUCAAUUCCAGGAUGUGGAGAUUCGCUUAAAGUUACUGUUGAGAAGUAUAUCCAGUUACGUAUAGACCACAAGAAAAAAGAGCAAGAAAAAAGCAGCCCGAGCACUGAACCUGAAAAAACUGAAACCAGUUCUAGCACUGAACCUCAAAAGGUCGAAGUUGAUGAUGAAGAAAUAAUAUAUUUGAAAUCAAUUUUACCAUUGACUAGCAGCACUGGACGUAUAAGAAGUUUGUUGUUGAAUACUUUAUAUGGAAAUAGUCAUAAUCAAAUUAAAGCAACGGCUAAUUCUCUUCGUUCUGUGUGGUUUUACCUUUUGAAGAAGUUUGAUCCAAUGUUUGGUGAAUCAUAUAUAUCAUAUGUAAUAAGAAUGAUACAUCUAAAAAAAAUGCCAUUGCCUAUAGAUUUAAUACCUGUUUUUUAUGGAAAUGGAAAAUUGCAACUAUUUGAAGAGUUCGAUAUUUGGCCUGAGUUGAAUGCAGUAUUCGUUAUGUACUUCCUGUUUAAUUGUCCUUUUAUACCGUCAAAAGCAUCUCCUAGUCAGGAUAAACCUAUUGAAGGAUCGGAACCAAUAAUGAAACAUGCAGAUGAGUCCAUCAAGUGAAUCAUAAGCCUAACCAAAGUUUUUUGUAUUCGAUGUAUAAGCAUCAUAAUAAGUACAUUUUAUUUUAUUGUUAAAAAAAAUGCGCAGCGCCGUUCUGCGUGUAAUAAAUCUUAUGUUUUAUUGAUCGUUAA